GUUUUUUGCACAAUCUGGGUUUUCUAGGAAAUGCUGCCCGAUAGCAGAAUCGCAGGUUUUAGUUGUAAUUUUAGAUUCGCAAGACCGAGGUGGCUGUUCUCUUUGGGGAUGGGUUUUGUUUCUAAUAUAAGACGGAACAUGUUGUUUUAUUCUAUCCUCCAAUCUUUGGGUGGUGCGUCCUACGUAGCCAGAAUCACACUGGCACGUUAAUUCAUAUACAACAGAAAUUUUUUGUGUGGCAGGAACGCAGUCCUUUUGAAUGGAUGGAAGGGCCUUUUUGGUACUUUAAACAACACGUGGGUUGACCGCAAAGAAACAAUUUGUAAUGGCCUUUUUUAUUUGGCUUUCAAAAUGCAAGGAGCUGUUACCAAUCCAGGGUAGUUUUGGAUAGACCGGGCACUUUUAAGGACCAAAUUUUACGUCAGCCGAGAAAUUUCCUAUCUUCUCCUUAAUGUAAACUGAAAUAACAUCUUCUGGAUAGCCGUUCUCCAAAAAAAUCUUAGUUAUUAAAUAAUCUUUCUUUUUGAAAUAAAAAAUGUUACCUGUCUUUUCCAAAAACUAGAAUGUAAGAAUACAAAGUUAUCACCUCUCAAGAAAUCCAAAUUUUAAUCUCAGUAUGAAUUUCGUAUUUCAUCUGGUAAAAUAAUUUUAAAAAAGAUUAAGUUUUGCUGUUGAAGUCUUCCAAAGAUGGAAGGCUAUCGUAUUUCCAAUUAAUACACGUCAAGCCAUCUAUUUGGUCUUAGUUUUGUCAAUAGUUUUUUAAAUUGGUAGCUGCAGGUGAGACGAAACUUUAUUUUCUGAGAGGUUCGGCUUUUCAUAUUUUGUUCACUUUUGUCCCCACAACUCGCCAGUAGCAUUUCGGCCAAUAGAGUAACAAAAAGAUGACGCCAUCAAAAGCUUUGAAAUUUGCAAAUCCAUUUUGAAAGCAGAAAUUUUUUGCAAAGUGGCUGUGGCAUGGGCUGUAAACGACCUAAAUUUUAGCCAAUACGUGUUGUCACGUUUCAGCAAAUGUAUAUAAGAUUAACUUAUAUCGCCAAAAAAGUAGCGUUUUUCAGUGUUCUUACCGAUCAUGUGCUCCAAAAAAUAACUGAUCUAAUAAAAUUGUUAUAAAACAAAUUUUUAUAGAUCAUUGGUCAAAAUCCAAAUGACGUCAUUACUUAACGAGAACGAGUCAGCCGGAUCGUCUCGAGGCCGGACCUAACUAAAAUUUUAAUGGCGGGAACUGGAAGUGUUUUUAGUCAAAAAUGCUCUUUAAACAAGAAAACACACAAACAGAAGAAGAAUCAAACAGAUCAAAUAAUCAUGAAGUGAGAAAAGCAGCAAAGCGGAAGAAUGACAAUGGAUGGGAUGGAGAAGGCUGGCAUGGUUACAUGAGAGAAAAGGAAAGGAAACUACAAGAGCAAUUUGAAAGCUUGAACAGCAAGAGAGACAAUUCACAGCAAAAAUCAAAUAUAUUUGAGGGUGUUUGUAUUUUUGUCAAUGGCUAUACAAAUCCGUCAUCAGAUCAUUUAAAACAAAUAAUGGCUGAACAUGGAGGACAGUACCAACACUAUUAUUCCAGAAGAAAGUGCACACACACAAUUGCGACCAAUCUUCCAAACAGCAAAAUUAAAGAACUUAAAGAUGAGAAAGUUGUUCAUCCUGACUGGAUUGUUGAAAGUGUCAAAGCUGGUCAACUGCUCCCUAUUGAGAAAUAUCGUUUAUAUUCGGGGAAAAAGGAAGCAAAGGCAUUUGCCAAUUUCCAGCCGAAACCGAUUGGUAGCGAAUCAAAUAAAUUAAAGAAUGAUAAUUGCUCGAUUAAGAAAUUAUCAUCUAAGGAUGAAAAAUCUUCUGGCCUAACAGACGCUGAUUGCUUUGCUGCAUUUGACGAGGAAAUCUCAGGAUACCCGAUAGUGAAUGCUACAAGUUCAGAUCCGUUGCAUUCAAAGAGUCGGUACAGUCAAGAACCUUCGACCAGUGCCUUACCAAAUGAGAAGCACUUCAGUGUCUCCACUAUUUCCCGGAACAAUCUAUCAAUUGAACAGCAAAAUGAAUUGUCUGCUAUUCCAACAACUGAUAUUCCAUAUAGCGAUGCAGCUAACGAUGCAAACGAAAGUUUUUCUAUGAAUGAAAUUUUUGAUUCUUGUUUAUUUAAUGACGAUAACGGUAACACUGAUUCGGGUGACACAACCAAAGGAGAGACAGAAAAUUUUCCUUUAGAUGCAGGCAAAACAGAUAAUGCUUAUGCCGAAGUGAAGGACGAUCACACCACGAAGGGUCCAUAUCUCACAAAGCACGACUACAGCAACACAUCGCCAACGAAAGCAAUGGGUAAGGCAGGUGACCCUGGAUUCAUGAGUGAGUUUUAUUCCAACUCAAGACUACACCACCUAUCUAUGUGGAAAAGUGAACUGAAACGAUUUGCGACAAUGAUACACAAAGCUUCCUUGUCUAAAAACCUGAAGAAGACAUCAAAGGGAAAGAGUGAAAAAUUAAUCAUGCAUAUUGACAUGGAUUCCUUUUUUGUAUCCGUUGCAUUAAAGGACCGGCCGGAGUUGAAGGGGAAGCCAAUUGCAGUGUGCCAUGCCUCAAAAGGUACCGCAACGGCAGCGAGUUUCAACUCAAAAUCGGAAAUUGCAUCAUGUAGCUAUGAAGCUCGAAGCAAAGGUGUCCGAAAUGGGAUGUUCCUUGGCACUGCACGGACAAUGUGUCCGGAACUUAUAUGCGUUCCAUACUAUUUUGAAAGCUACAGGACUGUUUCGCAGAAAUUUUAUGAAAUACUAGUGUCGUUCACCAGUGAAAUCGAGGCUGUCAGUUGCGAUGAAGCGUUACUUGACAUCUCAAAUUUGGUCUCAGAAGAGAUGACUGUUAUGGACCUGGCCGCCAGAAUGCGAGCAGAUAUAUUGAAAGAAACCGAAUGUUCAGCUUCAGUUGGCGUCGCAUCCAACAUACUUCUAGCAAGAAUGGCGACAAGAAAAGCAAAGCCAAACGGGCAAUUUCAUCUGCAAAAGAAAGAUGUCCUAGAUUUUGUAGGCUGUCAAAAAGUGUCAGACCUCCCUGGUGUUGGCUACUCUAUGCAGUCAAAGUUACUUGCAAUUGGUGUGAAUACGUGUGCUGAUUUAAGGCAGUUCUCACUGCACAAACUCAAAGAAAAAUUUGGGCCUAAAACAGGCCAGUCGUUAUACAAUAACUGUCGAGGAAUUGAUGACAGGCAACUGAAAACAGAUCACGAAAGGCAAAGUGUUUCCGCAGAAAUUAAUUAUGGAAUUCGAUUUGUAGAGCAUCAUGAAACGCAUUCUUUUUUAUUUGAGUUGGCUAAAGAAGUAAGUGAACGCUUACAAGCGAUAGAAAUGAAAGGCAGUCACAUCACUCUCAAGCUGAUGAUUAGAAAGAAAGGUGCACCGGAGCCCCUCAAGCAUAUGGGCCAUGGUAUUUGUGACAAUGUGUCCAAGUCAGCUACCAUUUCUCAGCCAACAGACAAUGCAAAUAUAAUUGGCAAAGAAAUCGUUAACCUUCUGCAGCAGUUUAAAAUCGUUGCAAGUGACAUCAGAGGCAUGGGAAUUCAAGUUGCCAAACUCGUGAAUUCAAAAUCCGGACAAAAAAUGCUGAAAACGAUUGACUUUGGAAACCAGUCAAAAGCAAAAUGUAUUGACCCCUUUAAAAUCGAUGAAAAAGCCGGUAAUACGGAAAGUAAUGUUGAAGGCCUCGAUCCACAGCAAGUUGAAAUUAAACUGCCAUCAAAGGCACAUACCUUAAAGGAAAAAUCUCCUGUUAAAGGCUUUGGGAAGAAGCAGGGUAAGAAACUAAACAAUGUUACUAAGAAAGCAACUUCUCUAUCGAAGUAUGUCACGAAAAUACCAUUAAAAGACGCAUUAAGUGGCGAGUUCGAUGUCAGGAAAUCUCGGGGUACAGAAGACCCACCUUUGCCAUCUUUAAGUGGAUCGCCAAAAAAGGAGGGACGUUCUUCAAGGUCAGAUAAUUUUGGCUCUAAUUUGGGCUUACCACCAUUAUCAGAAAUAGAUCCAACUGUGUUUUAUGAGCUGCCCGAAGAUGUGCGAAAGAGCAUUUCUGAGGCAUAUAAACAGAGAAACCAAGUACUGAAUGUAAAGCCAUGCAGUUCUAAUAUGCUUUCCAUCAUCGAAGCUUCAGAAAAAUGUUUAUACGAUACAUCUGAAAAUGGAAAAUCAGGCAGAAAUGAUUGUUUAAAAACGAAUGAAGAUAGGCUGGUAAGUGAUCCGAAUCCAAAAGGCGAUGAAAUAUUUUUCAAUGAUGAGUCUGCGUAUCCUAAACAUGUCAGCGAUGCUUUGGUUGAAAAUGCAAAUCGGCCUUACUUUGAUACCGUGGAAGAUAAAGAACAAAAUCAGCCAGUCAUGACUGAAAAAGACGUUUAUAAUCCGCCAGAAAGUAUCUCCAAUUUCGGAGACGAAGAACUGACACUUUCUACGAUCGAUCCAGAGGUCCUGAAAGCCCUGCCACCGCAUAUACGAGACGAAGUACUACAAAGCGUAAAACUACAAAAUAAACGGACGUUAAGAAGCAAUGAAAAUGGGCAACAUCAAGCAAAUAAGAUGCUUCCUGCGAAAGGCAGAAUUAAGGAGAAGACUGACAAGAGUAAAAUGCAAUUCGAAAAGAGAAAGCAAGAGUCAACAAAGCAAAAAAAGAUUUUUACUACCCAGACUUGCAAGGAAAUUGUUCCUAAUGGUAAUGUCCCAUCCAAAACAUGCCAGUCUGCGGGUGCUUCAAUGCAGCUGGAAGAGAAGGAGGAGUCAAAGGGAAUCAAAGAUGGAUCAAAAGCUGUACCUCAAUGCCAUUCUUGUGAAUCAGUGAAAUUACCUUCUUUGAAUGGAAUAAGGGAUCAUCGACAAGUAAAAGAUUUGACAAAGGCCUGGGUUCUGUCAGCUGAUGAUCCUUUGAUGGAAGAUGUGGAGGAAUUCGUGACAUACAUUGAAGAACUGUUUGGCUGCCUCUGUAUGGAACAGGCCUUCACACUCCUCAAAAUGCUGAAAAGGUUAUCAAGCAAGUCAGAGCUAUGGACGAUGAAUUGGGAGUCGAUCAGUAGCAGAGUGCAGCAAUUUGUUGAAAACCGAUAUGGUGGGACAUUGUCUUUAUAGGAACAGAAAUUUAAGAAAUGAUUAUAGGGAAAAAGCUCCAUUGAACGCAUCAGCAAAGAAUGAAAGCAUUAACAUGAAAGUUUUGCAGAAUAUAAACGAAGGGCUUUAGGCAGUAAACGUGUUUAAAGAGACGUAAAAAAUUCCUUAUGUUCCAGGUGUUUUUGAGCAAACAUUGUGUUUGUUCUGUUGACCGCCUCUUGAACAUCAACUUUGCUUAGCUGGCGCGAACUUGUGAAUUGGUUAGCUCGUUUGAACUGGCCAUUUAAAUUUCUGCUAAAUACAACUGUUUUGUUUCUGGUUAAGCUUUUGGCUUUUUCAACUUCUUUGGAAAUGUUAACUUGAAAUAUGCAUAUGAUUGUUAUAUUUUUAUAUUCAUAUACCGCUUUUGCAUAUAAACAGCAAAACAAUGAAUUUUAAUGCAUUUAUAGCUGUAUAGUCUUAAGAUAUUUCAAAUUUUGAUAUAUUUCUGAUUCAAUCGUGGAAUAAUUUAAUUUUCGCCUUUAUUUAUUAAAACUAUUAUUUACUAAAUUGCACCUAUUGUAUCAAAAUCAUCUGCAUUUGCAUUUUUUUGCGAAAAAAUCAAUUUCCUUCAAACAACUUAAUUUUUCUGAUAAUCCUUAUCAUGCGUUUUCUCCUCGAAUUUUUCCCUUUCAAAUGUAAGACAUACCUUGUAUACGAAUUAGCAUUAUUCUACAAAACAACCAUCUACCUCUAUCUUAUGAAAAACAUAUUUAGUUUUCCAUCAAUGGAAUUUCAAAAUUUUCAAUGUACGAAAAUUUGAAUAUUGGCGGAUAGCCCACUCUGUCCAAAGGACUGAUUUUCAGGGGUGCUGUAUCAAAACCUUACAAUAUUAAAAAACUAAAAAAAUAAUUCAAAAUUACAUCUAUGUUUAAAAUACAGAAAAGAAAAAUAUUAUAGUUAGACUGACAAUGGCAAAUUGCUCUUCAGCCUACUCUUAAAAAUGCUGAAGGACGAUAUGCCUGUUUGACAUCUAAAAGCACUCCAUUCCCAGUCUUUGCUCCCCAGAAUGAGAUAGCCCGCUGCCCAUUGCUAGCUUGUGUUCCAGACCCCUAUCUUGAAAGUAGAGUUAGGGGUCUGGGGCACAGGCUACCCAUUGCAAGUUUACUCUUCUAGAAGUGAUGUUUCGAAGUUUCCCCAAACAUUGCCUUGAUCAAACCAUUCCUUCUUAGUUCUUUGGCGGUAUUCCUAUGAAACCAUUGAUUAAAUUCACACUAUGGAAAUCUCAUAAAUCCUUUGUUGGAAAUCCUAUUAUUUUGUCGGAAAAUCCACAGAGAUCUUUUCAUUUUGGUUUAAAUCUGAUUCACUAUUUGCAAGAUUGUAUUGCCUCUCGUUUUAUUAUACGAGGUUGCUGAGUAGCGAAAAAAGAUCUGAAUAAUUCAGGGUGCUUUUAAACAAGAUUUUAAACAGGGUGCUUUAGCAAAAAGUAAGGGGCUUUAGCCAGAGGUAUAAAGCCGGAAAAUGUAGAGGAAAUUCUAUAUACAAAAUGAACGUUUAAAUUAUUUUCGUUUGC